AUGUCCACUAAUCUCAUCAACUUCCGUCCAAUCCUAACCGCGCCGUGCGCCGCCGGACACCGAAGGCCCAGCUCAGUUGGCGGGAAAGGCUCGCCGUCCAAGUGGUGGACCCCGAUCUUCGGGUGGUCCUCCGAACCCGACUACAUUGACCCGGAGGCAAAGACGGAGUCCGACGACAAGGACGAGGGCGGAGCAGCCGACUCGAAGCAGAGGCGAUCGCGGUUCGCGCCCGGCUGCUUCACGGAGGAGAAGGCGCGGCAGCUCCGGAUCAAGACGAUCGAGAUGGAGACGUAUCAUGACGCGAUGUAUCACUCGUCGAUCGCCAACAGACUCGCCUCCGAUUUCAGGAACCGGUCCGAUCUAUGA